AUGUCGACGAACACGACAACCCCGACCCUCCCUCCUUCAUUGGAUCUUCCGCCUCAUCUGUCGGCUCAAAAGUAUUUCUUCGUCUGCACGCUCACUGUCUUGGCCUGGGAUGCCCUCGUUCUCACUCCCAGGUCCUACAGGCUGGGACGUCUGCCAAAAUGGCCAGCUUUGAAGUUCAUGUAUUACUUCAUGCAAUUUUGGGUCCUAGCGGAUUUUGUUGUAACAGGUGUAAUGUUCUUUAGUACGACAGUCAUACAAGACACGGACUGCGUCGCCUUCUGGCCUUACGAGCCAAUUUGUACGGCAAUUCUCAUGGCUGUUGCAUCCGCUGUACAUGUCAUGCGCAUAUCGGCUAUCUAUGACCACGUUCAAAAUGUUCGCGCAACUAUGUGGGGAUUAUACGCUGUGCAGAUUAUCGUCACUGCCCUUUGCUGCGGGUUCUACCGCUCUGUCCAUCUUGAAGAUGGCCAGGGAUGCAUCGCUGGUCCCUUGAAUAACGCAAGCUGGGUUGGAAUUUACUGGCUAGCUCCAACCCUGCUCUACGCUACCAGCUUCGUCCUCGCUUCUCUACGCAGCAUUAAAACGCUCGAAACCAGGCGUGUAUCUUACUGGCGUCUCAUGCUUCGUGAUGGCUUGAACCUGUACGGUGCCAUUCUCCUUGUAAACCUCAUCAACGUCUUCUUCUACUUCAUCAUGACACCCACGGGUCCAACCGACCCCAUCAAGACGAUUGUCACCAGCAUGGCAGCUGUGCUUACAACAACAAUGUCUAUGCGUAUCAUCCUAUCUGUUAGAGGGGACCUUACCAACGGUGGCACCUUCUCUAUUUCUUCCCACGCUGCUUCCUCAUCAGGAGCCAAUACCCACUCGCUCUCUGGCUCAGGGAAUAGACCAAGAGGGGUUAACCACACAUUCACACUCGGUGAUAUGCGUGAUGCCACCGUAGCCGUGGCCGCUCGUAAAGAGGGAGGAGAAUGGGAUGCUGACAAAAGCAGUGUCACCCCUCGCGAGGAAACCAAGGCUGUACUUCCAAUCAUUGGGGAGGAUGUUGAUAGUGGUAUACCCCGUGCGCGCAAUGGGUUGGGCGUUCAAAUCACAGUCGAUCAGCAAGUCGAGUACGAUGAUGGAUUUCCCACGAGGAAGUAG